AGCCAUUCCCUGUCUCCUACCACCUUCAAUACGCGCGCCUCCAACCUUUUUUUGCACACAUUUUGCUUAAGCGACUCAGCCCGACUUCAAAAGAAAACCCCUGCACUAUGGUGAGCACCAGACACCACCCAAGGGACUUCCCAGCUCCUACAACGCCUGGGAGCAUUCCAUCAUCACCUCCAAAUGAUGUCUCCAAGUCGGUCGCACGAUCGUCGCCAGCGCCGAACAGCAAUGUGCGCAAAGGCGUCCACACACCUUCCGCGGUAGUCCUCGUUUGGCUGUUGAUUUCAGUCCCUCUGGUAAUUUGGGAUUCGGGCUACAUCUUCCUGCGCCCACACAGUAUGCCCGGUGGGAAAUUCCACUCGCCCAUCUGGUCCCCGUACGCGCUUUAUGGUACUGUCGAUUAUGUCUAUGGCUGGCCUGCGUUCAAUGCGCGUAACGGGUUUACUGCGGCGCAGGGCGCUCUGAAUAUUGUUGAGACUGCGGCUUACAUUUUUUACCUGGCCGUGGUCUAUCUCCAUGGGACCUCCGCGACCAACACGGGUCGCGCAUCGACAAAGAAGGUCAAGAAGGGCCUGUCGUGGUUCCUUCUCGACGAGAAAGUGGUGCCUGGUCGCAUUGGCGGUCUUGCUCUGAUCAUCGCUUUCAGCGCUAGUAUCGCGACUUUGAGCAAAACAGUUUUGUACUGGCUCAAUGAAUUGUUCUCCGGCUUUGACAAUAUCGGGCACAACAACCUCUCCAACUUGGUCUUUUUAUGGAUUAUUCCCAAUGGCCUCUGGCUCAUCUUCCCAACUUACAUGAUCUAUGUACUCGGAGGUGAGAUUUUGUAUGCGCUCGAAGCUGCAGCCCCACGACCGGCGAAAGGAGGACGCGUCAAAAGCUCUUAAAUAACAUCUGCUUAUGAUUCUGGCCUUGCGCGCCAGGGUCCUCACUUGGAUCGCCUGGAGAUCACUCUCACGUAUAGGCGAUGAUUAUUAUAGACAGUGACCAAAGACGGAUAUGAAGAAUGGAUCUCAACAUUUCAAUGUGAUAUGUGAAUAAUUAUUAAAAGUCUUAUGAUCUGCAUCAUGCAGAAAUAUUUCUAUUUGAUAUAUUUGUACACUUCAAUAGCGUAAUAUUAUACUUACAACCUCUUAAUAAAAUCAAUCGAGCAAUCA